AUGUUCCCGGAUGAGCUCAAGGGCCUGACGCCGGUGGAGGAGAAGCUGAUCGCGCUGAACUCGUGCUAUGGGUUCGUCACAAGGUACAACGUCUCAGGCGGCCCGAAGCAGACGUUGAGAUAUCCCAAGCACGUCAAGGGCCACAUCACGGUGUUCCCGAACAACGUGCAGGAAUUGCUGACGAAGGUGCUGCCGCACCCACUCUUCCGGGUAAUGGACGAGAUCCACGUCUCGUGGCAGGGUGCGGUAAGGCCGACACCGAGUGACUUGUCGGGUCUGCUGUCGGUGAGGCGGCGUGUCGUCGAGAGGGCCCUCAUCUGGUUGAAGAGGAACAACCCACACUACGCCGAGAUCGAGAUCGACGUGGCGGAGAUGGAGAGUUGGGGAGACCCGGCCCACGGGGUGCCGCCGUUGGUGUACGGGCGCCUGGAGCGGAACGAGCCGUCGGCGUGGGAGAAGACGAGGACGGCGCACGUCGUGCCGCCCACGGAGCGGGCCAUGGACGACGAGGGGGCGGUAGAGAUCGAAGAAGUCCUCGCUCUGCUGAACCAAGGGGAAAGCAGGACGAGUCGCGAGGCCGGCGAGCCAGGGUCAAACGAGGCGCACGAGGCGCACGGCCAGAGCGACGGCGAGACCGGUGAUGAUGCGAAGACGAUCAACGAGGUGACCUCGUCGGGAAUGUUUGCGCUGGACGGACCGCCCGACGUAGCCGACGUCGACAAAUUGCGCUUCGCAUGCGAUGCCGUCCGCGACGGCGCAGCCGACGGCGGCACGGACCCGAGAACGGGGUCGAAUCCUCGGCAAGGGCAGCCGGGGCAUGCCGAUGGUUCUGAACCGUACAUUCAUAUUCGCCGUGGGGAUGAAUUCGCCGACUCGUUCGAGGCCUGCUUCUUUGCAAAGACCUUCCCCACGCUGUUACCAUUUGGCGUCGGAGGGCCGCGAUCGGUCGAUGAAGCGACCCUACAUCUGGGCAGAGGCGGCGCCAACACGCGCGAGCCGGAGGUGGGGACGCAGGACCUCGUGUCGUCCCGGAACAUGAGCCUUCGGACGUGGGCCGACACGGUGCUGCGACGCCACGGCGGCCGGUUCGCGACGCACCACAUCUUCGCGUUCCUCGCCUUCAACAUGGGCGUGCGGUCGAGAAACCGUCGAGUCAGCAUGCUGAGCGUGACGAGGAAGAACUUCGGCAACGUGGAGCGCAUCGUACGGUCGCUGACCGCAGACGGAUUAGCGGCAGCCAGGGCCGAGCUGGAGAGCACAGGCAAGACGACCGACGACGCCGUGAAGGAGCUCCUCAGGAGCCUUUCGCUGUAUGCGUACCGCACGCGCGACCCCGAGGCGGCCGAGGCGUUCCUGCGAAGCCUCGAUAUGUCGUUCAAACGGGUCCGGCUAUCCGUCUCCGACCCGAUGAGCUCGGCCAUGUUCUUCCAUCGCGAGAUGGCGCUGUUCUUCGAGCAUUACGUAAAUGCAGGGGGGGAGCUCCUUCACGUCCACGGGCUGCUCUGGCUACACGGGAACGCGCACCUGGGCUCGAUGCUCGCCGACGCCCACGGCGAGGAACAGGCGGCGUACCGCGAGCGGAUCGUCCGCUAUGUCGAUAGCGUCUUCUGCGAGGACCUGGACCAGGAGGUGCCGAGCGGUUCUCGGCCGCAUUCGAAGGAAGCCAACUUCUGCGCCGGCGCGACGCAGAUCCACACCCAUAGUCCGACAUGCGUCAAGUACUCCCUGGGCGACAAGGGACGAAAGGGCGACCUCUGUCGCUUCAAGGCGCCAUGGAAGCUGGUGGAGAAGACGGCCUUCUCGCCGGACGGCGUGCUGCGGAUCCGUAGGACGCAUCCCAUGGUGAAUCGAUGGAAUAAGGCCAUCGCCGUGGGGCUCCGCCACAACCACGACAUCUCCUUCAUAGCGACGCAGCGGAAGACCACGGCGCUCGUCUACUACGUCACGAACUACGCGACCAAGGUAGAGGACCCGACGUGGAAGCGCGUCGCCGCCGCCGCGGAUCUACUGCCCGUCGUCUCGGCCGGGGAGGACGCCGGAAGUGGCGUCGUGGGCGGUGAUGAUGGAACCAAGAACAAGACACGGCAGUUUCUGAUGAGAGUGGCGAACCGUGUCUUCACGGAGCGGGCUCUGUCCCAAGUCGAGGUCGUCGCCCAUCUGCUAGGGUACCCAAGCGAGUUCACGAGCAGCAGCGCCUGGGCGUACCUAAACGUGUCGGUGCUCUACUGGCACGUCUCGAGACGGUGGCGACACCUUCGACAGGAGAGCGGCACCGCGGUCGCUGACGUGUCCGUAGAUGAGUCGGUCGUCGUGGAAGAAGCGGGCGAACGGAUCAGCUUCGCCGAGGCGUACCAUCAUCGCGGAAACGUCCUACGAGGCUUAUGCCUAUACGACUACGUUUCGCUCGUCAGGCUCCAACGCGUCGGCAAGGACGGGUGUUCCGGUAUUGAGGCGGCCGGGAAGCAUGCCGUCGUCUGCCUUGACGGGUACCUAAGCAAGGAUUUUGAAGAGGACGACGAGGAUCAUGCCAUCGCAGGGCAGCCGUGCAGCAUCUUGCACUGUUCACCCCGUGGGAGGCCUUUCUUAGCGAGGAGCGAGGCGACAUCAACGACAUAUGGAGGCGCGCGCGGGCAGCUUCCGCCGAGAACCUCGUGCCUCGUCGACAACGUUCAAUUGCUCAGGCGUUCCGCCGAGGACGCCAAGCGAGACGCCAAGCAAUGGGCAGCCUCGUCCGGCGACGGGGGAGGAGGGCAGGGCCAGGGCCAAGCGGAUCACGAGGCGGCAUCGGCGUACCAGUCGGACGACGUCGGAAUGGCGACGCGACUGAUUGACGUCGUGCGAAGCGCGGCCGGGGCGAACCAGAUCACGGCGGGAUCGCAGGAGCUUUCGGGAAUGAUGCAGCAGCUCUGCCGCUUCCAACAAUCCGCACUAGCCUCGACGGCCGAGCUCCAGGCCACCAUGGUGACCGAACGGGGUGGGAGGUACAUCAACAUGCCCGGCCAGGUGUUCUCCGGGGCCGCCGUGCCGCCGCAGGAUCAGGUCAGGGCCAUCAAGUCGCAGCUCUCACGAAGAAAGUCAGCAGAAAGGUCAUAUUGUAUUCCGUGUCUCUGUCCUCCUCCAUUUCUGCCCUAA